AAAUUAUUUAAAAUUGUCAAAAUUUCAAUCCAAUUCACCCCCUAAACCUACUAUUCUCUCCUUUCCCACAAAACACAAUCAUCAUCAUCAUCAUCAUCGGUAGUCACAUUAGGGAUUUAGGGUUAGGGUUUAUCCUUUUCUAAAUUCCAAUUCCAAUUCCAAUGCAAACGAUCAUGGAUCCCACCAAAAAGCGCAAGCUUGACGAGAACGGUUUCGGUGGAGAAGCUGAUCACCUAAAGCUCUCCCCAUCUGAAGCCCGCAAGGUCAUCGAGCGAUUCACCCCUGACCAGCUAAUCGACAUCCUCCGAGACGCCGUCGUCCGCCAUCCAGAUGUUCUCUCCGCCGCUCGUGCAGUUGCAGACACUGACAUCUCCCAACGCAAGCUAUUCAUCCGCGGCCUUGGCUGGGACACCACUACUGAAGGUCUCCGCUCACUCUUUUCAACCUACGGUGAACUCGAGGAAGCUAUCGUGAUCCUCGACAAGGUCACCGGGAAGUCAAAGGGUUACGGCUUUGUCACCUUCCGCCACGUGGACGGAGCCCUACUCGCACUCCGUGAGCCUAGCAAACGCAUCGAUGGACGCGUAACUGUCACGCAGCUGGCCGUAGCAGGGAAUUCAGGCUCCAACACCAAUGCAGCUGACAUUGCGCUCCGUAAAAUAUAUGUGUCCAACGUGCCGCCAGAUCUCGCAGGAGAUAAGCUUCUAGCCCAUUUCUCAAUUUAUGGAGAGAUUGAGGAGGGCCCUUUGGGCUUUGAUAAACAGACAGGAAGGUCGAAAGGGUUUGCUCUUUUUGUCUAUAAGACUCCGGAGGGGGCACAGGCUGCACUAUUGGAGCCCGUCAAGAAUGUAGAGGGGCGGCAGUUAAAUUGCAAGCUGGCAAUAACAGAUGGGGGGAAACAGCAAGGGAUGCGUGGUGGGCCGGACGGGGUUCAAGGUCGUGGGAAUGCUCAUGGAAACGGCAUGGGGAUGACUUCUGCACCUGGGCCUGGGGCGGGUCAAUACGGUGGUUCUGUUGGUAUUGGUUCCUAUGGAGGGUUUUCUGGUGGACACCAGGGUCAGCCUCCAAUGGGUAACCAUCCUCUGAAUUCGUCUGUUGGUGUUGGUUUGUCUUCUGUGGGGAAUCAGGCUCCGUCUUCAAUGGGUGGUACCGAUGGAUAUGGUGGUGGUCAUUAUGGGGGUUAUGGUGGGCCUGCUGCAACAGGUUUUGGCGGUAGUGGUGGUGGCGGUGCUUAUGGCGGAGGAGUUAGUGGUGGUGGCGGUGGUUAUGGUGGAGGAGGUAGUGGUGUGACUGGUGCGGGUACUGGUGGUGGACUUGGCUCUGCUGGAGGUAGUGUUGGACUUGCUUCCCUGUAUAGAUUACCAAGUUCAGGUGGAAUGCAAGCUGGUGGGUAUCCUGACAGUGGACACUACAGUUCAUCGGGUUAUCACAAUCAGCAUCCUCCUCCUGCUGUAGCAUCGCCGGUACCAAGGGUUCAACCUGGUUCCAUGUAUCCAAAUGUGCCCCCUUACUACUAAGGUGGAUCAUCGCUUGUUGGGCGCAGAUCUUUGUUUGCUUCUGGUGCUUGCGUUAUUGCAGACUAUGUGCUCUGGUGUAGUGAUUGUGUUUGCCCUUUUACAGCCUGUUGAUUUUAUAUGCUUCUUGUUUAAGCUUGUUCCAUGUGUUGUUAGUUAAAUGCUAUUGAGAUAGACUAGUUUUGUACUUUUAGCCAGAUCACUUUAGCUGUUACAAUCUCUGUUUAAAUUAUAUGGCUAUGGAUGAUGUUCAUUUUUAUUAUGAGUCUGUACUCGGUUUCAUUUUCCUUGGGUUAUCAAUAAUUUCUUCCUGGGUUAUCAAUACUUA